GGGUGUGAACACAGUUCAUCACUGACCCAAUAAUUUCAGGGCUGCUUACUCAAUUGCGCGGGGGUGCCAAUUGACGUGCUUGAUGGAACUCCGUGCCUUGCCACAAGAAGCAUAUCUGGCCACUAUCUGGCCUUAUUCAGGUUAACUUGUAGUAACAGCUUAGUAGCUGACGACGAGCUCGCUUGUUUUUAGAUGAAUUUUGUUUCGUUGCUCCUGUUGCCUUCGAUGCGAUUUUGUCCCCUCAAGGCUCCAGUCACAGUGACGUGAUGGAUUCUGAGAGGAGAGGCCUCCUAAAAUUUUCAGAUUCGAAGUCCUCUCUUCAGUCCUACAACCAUGACUACGACGGUCGGAUUCUUGUCGCUUCCUACAGAGCUCAUAUGUCACAUUCUAAUCCUCCUUAACCCCAGGGACAUUAGUCGCUGUGCAAUGACAUGCAAUAUCUUUUGGCUUGUGGUCCGGAAUUCUGUCUACAUUCAAUACAAGCUUGAAAUUUAUGCCCAGGGCUUGACUAGUACUGGGACCGCUACCAUGGAUUCGACCGGCGUUUCCAGAAAGACUCUGUGUUCGCUCAAGAAAUUGGCAUCUUUGUGGCGAUCCGACUUCCAUGCGACCACUACCUUUGAAACAGUGGUCACUACUGCUGCUGCCACAUGGGGACGCAUGUUACGGAUCCAAGAUGUAAAAUGUGGGCUUUGGUGGUCUCGCUCGCUGGACGGAACGAAAUUCUACAUUCAAGGUUGUGGCACGAAUCCUACACUCUCCAGCACAUGGUCUAUCGGCGGUGGUGCCCAGGGCUCUCUUACUACCUUCGACCCUCUGCAGGAUCUUAUGGUUGUGCGUUCUAAUCGUUGUGUCACUGUGACCGAUGCGGAACAAGAUUACCGUGUCUGUCGGGUGGAGUUCCGACUGGCUUCAUCCCAGCGUCCACAUCCGAGUGCCGAGUGCACUUUCUUGGAGUGCAAGCAUACCUUUCCGAGUACACCUGGCGAUUACCGUGCUGCUAUGUCGCCACCUGUAAUCUGUGGUGAUCACGUAUUUAUCCUCUAUCACAUAGAGAUCAUGGAUUGCUGCGAUUAUGAGCAUGUGCCCGGCAUGUUCAUACAAGUCAUCAAUUGGAGGAAGGGAUAUGUGAAUAGGGUGAGUUCCCUCUGUUUGUGCAAAUUCUGCUACUCAGCAUAAGCAGCAUUUUUUAUGUCACCUGGAUAUCUGCAAGUUAGAUCUGUUCUAUCCAGUUGAUGAACAGAAGUUUGUCAUCAUUGGCCCAGAAUCGUUAUACUUGUACACGUUACAAGGGUUCAAUG